AUUCAUGAUGUCUGGGAGAUACAAGUAGACAGCUAGAAAACUUCCAACCCUUCAUAGAAGUGCCUCUUUUUUGGAUAAGCUUGCGGUUCGGGCCCAGGGACGGUUUUCGGAAGCGCCAAGGACAGGAUGGAAGAUGACGACUACCGGACAGAAAGUGAGUUUGAGGCGGACAGUGACCAUGAAGACGAUGACCACGAAGUCGGAGGCUGGCUCGGACACUUUGAGUCCACCGCCGAUGAUGACUCCGAUGGGACUGGGACCGUGCGGCGCCGCAACAAAACGGUCGUGACGCCCAAGAUGGCCAUGGAAAGUUUCCGAUUCUCAUUCCUCAACUCAGAUGAAAACCAGGAUGUGAAUUUUGACGCCAUCCUGGGUGAACUGUGUGAACUGGAGACCCAGCUCAGCACGACACAGUCCGAGCUGUCGCGCACACUGGGCGGCUACCCGGUCAGUCUGACCAGCGACCACGACAAGCGCAAUGGUGGUGGCGAUGGGACGAACGACAUGAUCCAGGCCGAGCUGGAUGCGCUGGCGGCGGAGAUCACCCAGGGGCUGGGCUACUGGAAGAACGGGGGAGGGGCCGAGGAUACUGCGUGUGAUAUUGGGGAGACGGAUUCGGCGUUCUCCGACAACACCUCCCUCCCGUCGUCUGAGUCGUUCACGUCCAUGGUGACGGUGUCGUCGUCUGCCGACACCACGUCGUCGUCGUCGGGGGAUACCUGCAGUACGGGGAGCGUCAUGUCAGCCAUGACGGUCCAGAGUGAGGAGGAACAAAGAGCCCGGCUAAAAGCGGAAAAGAUAAGGAUUGCCCUGGAGAAGAUAAAGCAAGCCAAAAUACGCAAGUUGUUCGUGCGAGCGUUUGCGAAAGAUGGAAGCAGUAAGAGUAUCCUGGUGGAUGAGAAGAUGACCGUGGGUCAUGUGACCAGCCUGCUGACUGAUAAAAACCACAUGCGACUCAACACCAAGCUGACGGUCAUCGAACACAUGCCGGAUCUCUUCAUGGAGAGAAUUCUUGAGGAUCACGACACCUUGGUUGAGAACAUGGUCAUGUGGACGAGAGAUUCAAAAAACAAAAUUCUCUUUGAAGAACGGCAAGAAAAAUACGAAAUAUUUCAACACCCAGAGAAGUACCUGUUGAUGGGAACGUCGUCUGAGAAAGGAAUUUCUUUGAGUCCGAAACAACAAGAUAACUUGAUACAGGAAUUCUUUACGCGGCCUGGUUCUCAUGUACCCGAUGUGGAAGGAGCUCUCUAUCUCAAGUCGGACGGGAAGAAAGCAUGGAAAAAAUAUUUCUUUGUCUUACGAGCAUCUGGCCUGUACUACAACCCUAGAGGAAAAACCAGCAAGGCACCAAAAGACUUGGUGUGUCUGGUUCAGUUUGAGUUUGUUGAGGUAUAUUACGGGCUGGGCUGGAAGAAGAAAUAUCACGCUCCCACAGACUACUGCUUCGCUCUCAAGCAUCCCCAGAUUCAGAAGAAGAAUUCCAAGUAUAUCCGGUAUUUCUCCGCCGAGAGUAAAACGGCGCUGGACCAGUGGGUGAUGGGAAUCAGGCUAGCGAAGAUCGGCAAACAAGUGUUACACAACUAUGAUAAGUUACAGCAUGACGUUUCUACGUGGGAUUUACGCGACAACACCGAACAAGUGAACAACUUCCGUGCUUCCAACUACAUCAAUGACAAUAUCGCCUUGAACAACACAGGCAAUCUUCACAGCAGCCAAAUGUCUGUGCCGGAACCAAAUUCUAGACACUCCAUUGUUACAGUAGUCAACGCGUCGUUAAUCCGAAAUAGCACGUCGGGUGGGCCAGACUGUGAGAAUCCAAAUGAAAUAAUCGGCAUCGAGGUAACGCCGAUACCGGACCGCAAGAGUUCGAUCACCGGCAUUAGUUGCGGCGACUCAUCUCAGCCGAAGACCCCGGUGAAGCGAGUGUCAUUCAGCAACACCCACAGCAUCAUCAACGCCGACACGGGCGAGGAACUGCUGCAUCCGAAACACCGAGACUCCAUCACAAGUGCGUCGACCGACUCUAGCGAAGACUCGAACUCUAGCGGUGAGGGCAGGCACAGCCUGUCGGCGAGGGGCAAGCUGCGGCCCAAGUUGCCAGUGACGACGGAAACAACCCGCCAGUUGUCGGAGAUGUUCCAGACGUCUACCGACAACGUGUCGUACGGAGACUCGGUGUUUGUCGAGGAUCGGAAACCGUCAUUGAGUUACUCGGAGAAACGGCGAUCGUCCUCGUCCUCGAUUUCCAGCGACAAGGACAGACGAGCAGCUGAGGUCGGAAGCAAAAAGAUUUCUCACGUCCGGAGCUCGUCCGGCCCGUCACAGGCGCCACUGUCUCAGAGGAGUGAAGUCUGUUCUCAGGGCGAUGUGCAGAUCCAGCACAACGUGUCUCAGUCGAUGUCGCCACAGAGCGUGAGGCAGCACACACCGCCUCCAGCAAGGCAGCACACACCACCGCCACCACCAGCAGCAGCGAACAUGUCCCACACCAUCACACAGCCUGCAAGGAGUGGGCCAAGUCCUCCUGUUCUACCACCGGCCCCGACGUGUCCUGCACCGUCACCUGUUUGUUCUCCUCAAGCACCAGCUAAGAAAUGUCAACCUCCUCCUCCUCCAACCCCUGCCACUGCCAGCAAGUGUUCUCAGCCACAGGUCAAAAACGUUGUGCCAAGUUCUGCGGCUUGUUCUCAAGCUGCCAAUAAUACGCAGAAUUCGUUGUCAUCUGCUAGAGGGCCUCCACAGAAUGACAUGCCCAGAGUGCAACAGAACGGCUGUGCUUCGCCGGGAAUGAAUGGAAGGAUGACACCACAGCCUCCUGAUGGUCAUGGACACUAUCAACAGCUUGGAGGCAGGGGACCACCACCACCACCUCCUCAGAAAGGUCAACCUCCUCCUCAGAAAGGUCAACCUCCUCCACCACCUCAGAAGAGUAAUCAUCCGCCAGCACCGCCAAUGACACAGAGACAUCCGGGAUCUAUGAAUGGGAUGCCUCCAAGUCCUCAGAUCAGCCGGGCUCCGGGAAUGGAUGCCUGUAUGAAUGGAUCAGUGGGUCAUAUGCGGAAGUCUUCAAGAUCGGAGGGAGAUGGGAGCUCACCAACUAGGUCAGCCAUUCCCGUGCCGAUGCCCACCGCACCACAAGAACAGCAUCCUCCCAUGACGGCACCAAAGCCAAAACAGCCACCCAUGUCCCCAGCUGUGAGUCAGCAUAACAAGACACAGGGUCAUCAUCCACCGAUGCAAGCAUCAAACAGCCUGCCCAACGGAAACCAUGUGGGCAAACUGCCACAAGGGAAUCAUCCAGCAUCACCAAGCUUCGCAGAUCAUGGUGUGCCAAUGCCGCCACCAAUGCCACUGUUACAGACGUCGCCGACUCAAUCUAUAUCUCAAAGACUGUCAAACAUAAAACAUCCUUCACCACCUACUGCUACUCCAUUGAUCACUGCCAGUAGCAAUAAACACGGACCAAAAAAUAUUCAAAGGACAAACAGUUCUCCGAAAGGAAAUGUGGAUAACGAGAGUGGUGUUUCUCUGCCAUUUCUGGCCGAGUUGUCAAAACGAUCAUCAAACAUUCACCACGGUGCGGCACCCAACCAGGUGCACGUAGGACACAGUCAUAGUGGUCAGGGGAUGACGAGGGGCAAUCAUACUGCUGAAUGUGUUUCUGUGCCCCACCAGACCAACAAGGCCAACCACAGACGUUCUUCCUCCACCGGUGGUGGUGGUGGCAGUGGGAUCGGUAACAAACCACAGGGUCACCCAGUGGGGCCGAAAUCGGACAGCAAGCGACCACCGCCGCCACCACCGCCGAAACGUAGCGAACACACGCGUCUGUCCUCGGACCAGACGCGGCAGAUUCAGCUCGACCAGCCCGUACAGGACCCCAUCUACGAAAACUGUGAAGGUAUUAUGGACAUCAAUGAGUUGCCUCCCCCUCCACCGGAGUUCCUCGAAGGUCUGGCCAUGAAGGGUGAGCAACAACAUCAGCAACAUCAACAGCUUCAACAGCAGCAGCAGCAGCAGCAGGCGAGCAUGAAGAAAGGUCGACCCCCACCCCCGCCCCCCAAACGCAGCAAGGACACCCAGCUGAGUCACUAGCUGGUCUGUGUUCCCACUCGUUAUAUUCUAGCACCGUCUCCUCUCAUGGCUGUCUGUUUUCACUUCUUGUUUUACAUAUAAAGGUGACUGUGUAGAGGCUACAGUGUAUGUGUGGCUGGUCAUUGGUUCAUUUCCUGUCAGGCUGAAACUGUCACAGUGAUAAUCAAAGACCAAAAUCGCUAAGCAAUCUUGCAAUGCAAUUCAAAACCAUUUGCAGGAAGAAUGUAAUGUUGCUUAAGCGAGCUUCGUGAAUUAGGCCCGGGUGUGGCAGAGAGGUAUCAAAAGCUAAUAAUUGUUUAAAAUUGCAAAUCUUUCAAAGUGGUCCUCCAGAUUUAGUACUCAAUGAAAAAGAAAAUAAAGAUUAAAAAUAAAAACGUAGCUGAUUGCUAAAUGAUAGAAUAAGAGCUCCAUUCUUGUCUUCAGAUAAAUAACCUAAUCUCUGUCUAAUACUUGUAUUAAUUAAUUGCUUGCUAUAGCAAAGAGUCUUCCUUUAGCUCUUGUCACUGACAAAAUUAUGUAAACUAUUUUAGCUGGGUUUUCAAUGAUUUUAAUUAUAAGUAUGAUAGUGGAGAUAUACUGAUUAAAAUUUUGCUUCAAAUAAUGGUCUUCCAUGGGCCCCAAAAAUACUUCCAACAGCAAGCAGAGAUACAAGUACUUAUCAGGCAUCAAAUCGGUGGGGGUGGGUUGAAG